CAGAUCUCUGAAGAGGAGGAUUCUUUUCUAGUGAAGACUAAUGGAGCCUCCAAUUUUAAGAGGGAAUUGAAGGAACCUCAGAGUUUAUCGAGUCCAUUUCCCUUUUCAUUCAGAUGAAGAAACUAACAGAAGUUAAAUGAGUGGCCCAUAGUCACAGCUACAGUGAUUCUGAGGGGACCAUAUUGAGAUGGAAUGCUGCUUUCUUCUAGAUUUGUCUUUUGUUCUCUUGGUCCUGCUUCCCUGGUCAGUCUCAGGGAAAUUCAUUGUGAUGGGACCACAACAACCAAUCAUUGCCUUGGUGGGCGAAGAGGCCAUAUUCCCAUGUCAACUUUCUCCCCAGACUGAUGCCAAGUAUAUGGAUGUGAAGUGGUUUAAUGACCAGAAUGGAUAUCUGGUACAUCGCUAUAAAUAUAAUCAGGAUUAUCUGAAACAUCAACACCAAGAAUAUGAAAGGAGGACAGAAUUUCUUCGAGAUGACAUCUCCAAUGGGAGUGUGGCCUUGAAGCUUCAUCAUAUUCGUCUCUCUGAUGAAGGGAAAUAUCGGUGUUUCUUUGAAAGUUCUUAUGCUUAUGGGGAAGCAGAAUUCCAAGUGCACGUGGCAGCCAAAGGCUCUGCUCCUCACAUAUACAUCCAGGAUAAUGGAAAUAAAAGUCGUAGGGUGAUAUGCACAUCUACAGGAUGGUACCCAGAGCCUGAAGUUCAAUGGGAAAAAAACCAGGAAAAAUUAUCAUCACAAGACACUACGAUCAAGAGGAAAGAAAAUGGCUUAUUUUCUGUUGAAACAUCAAUCACAGUUUUCACCAAUUCCACAGCGAAUGUUUCUUGUUUCAUUUGGAACCCUCGCCUCGGACAAAAGUUGGAAGGAGCAAAUGUUUUUCUGUCAGGUUCACAACAUCUAUCCUUUGAGGCAAGAGGAAUGGAAAAAUUGGUGGUAAAUGGGACAACCUUCUCUGGGUGUGCAGAUGCCUUGGGUCCAAAUGGCAUUCCUUGGAAGGAGAUAUGUAUUGUGACUGUGGUCCUGGCAGUCAUUGAGCUUGUUAUGUUUAUUGUGAUCCUGAUGCGUAAAAAAAAAGGCAAAGAUAAAGAUCUGUGCAAUGUGGAUUCUUUCAGCAGAAGCGGAACACAGAUGCUGGAACAGAGAAUGCUCCAAUGAGGGCACUCCCCACUUCUCCUGUCAAUUUAGGCUGGUUCCCUUGAGGCAAGUUAGGGUAUUAAAGAAUUGCUGAGAUUAUUGAGAGGUCAAGGGCCUUUGUCAGGGCCACACAACAGUUAUAUGGCAAAAGCAACUCAUUUGUUCUCAUUCCUUCCCUGUUGUGAUCUAGUUCAGAUGGAUCUGAAUUGAUCCCUGUUCGGGUGCCAAAUUGUGGUGAGCUUUUUCUUCUCAAAGCGCAGCCAGGUGAUCAAAGUUCAGAUCUUUUAUUAUCUCCAAUAUAGCCCGGUUAGCUUAGAGGCCUAUCUCUCUGCUUGGUUCCAAGAGCUCUCUCUGAAUGUUGCCAAAUCCAAAGGUCUGGUCCUUCAGCCUCUGCCUCUGCUUUCUUCAGCCUCCAGCCAGCUCCAAUCUUCAUGUCAUUCCGGUGAAAUCUCGACUUGUAGCGUCUUCACUCUGAAGAACCUUUCGUCUGCCACCAGCCAGCCAAGAGGAAAAACUGUAUUCUGUCUUGCCUUGUCUCGGAGAGAGGGCUUCUGGCGUAACUCCACUGAAAUCCCGACUUGUAGCAUCUUCACUCUGAAUAACCUCUUCGACUGGCCCAUUGGCCUAUUUAUGCUCCUUCCAGAGAGAGGGAUUAUGGGUUUUCUCCCAUAGUGCUCUCUGGCCCAACGAGCUUCAAGGGAGGUGUGAACUCAUUGAACUCCAAUGAGUAAAGGUGUGAACACAAGCCUUGUAUUAAUUAGUUUUACUUAGUACCUUGUUUCAGGUUCUGCCCAAAACAUCUUCUUGUAAGAUUAGAUCAACUCUAAUUAGUUAGCAGUUAGUAAGGAUUCCAACACUUCCCCACUCUGGAAUUAUCUUUUGUUAAGAGAAAAGCCAUGCUGUGUAUUCCCUCCUUUGCCAAUUUCACAUAUGGUGGACUUUUAGAAUUCCUAAAGCACAAGUAAUACCAUGUCAACAUCCUGCCCCAACUUCCAGUGGAUCGGUAUUAAGUCUAGGAUGAAAUGUCAACUCUCCACUCUGACAUCUAAAAGACAAGAGCUUGGCUACAAUGUCUUUGGUUGUUAUAUUAAAUAUGAUUCCUCUCUCUGCAUAUUAUAUGUAAUAUAAUGUAUAUAUAUAUGUAUUUGUGUGUAUGUAUAUAUGUGUGUAAAUAUGUCUAUAUAUCUACACACAUUUGUGUCUAUAUAAAUUUAGAUGUGGGUAUUUGUGUAUAUGUGCAUACAUAUAGACAAAUAAAUGUUUUCAUUCUACAUGUUCA